CACAGGCCCAGCACCGCGCAGUGCUGGCGGGACUCUUCAGCAGCCUCCAGGAGACCGUGCUAGCCCAAUCUGACAGCCCGGCCUCCAAGGUGCGGGGCCAUCACCGACUUUCUUCUAUCUGUCGCUGUCAUAGAGGAAAGGACCUCAAAGGUCGCCUAUUUUCACCCCCCAGCUUUGGGUGGAGCUGCCAUCCCCCAGGUCAGGCAGCCCAGGGCCCCAUCCAACCUGCUCUUGGGCACCUCCAGGUCAUCGUGUCAUAGAUUAGUUUAUCUAUUGGGAUCCCAAGAGGUGCCAGCGUGUACAUAACUUCACUCUGUGCAGAUUUCCUGGAUCCCUUCCGCUUUGCAGCUGCCAGCUCAUCAUCAUGAGCAACACUCUUAGUAGUCUCUGUGUCAUGGGUUUACCAUGUGGUUUGCUUGCACUGGAAAGGGAUUGUUUGUAGGUUCUUCUUAGCCUAUGAUUUAAUGACCUUGAUUUCGCAGUGUUUUGGUAGGAAAUUGGGAGGAGUAAAUUUAGGGACGGAAAAAGAAGGAAGGCAGUAAUUGAUUCAGCUUAUAAGGUGCAUUCUGUAUCCGGUUCACUGAAAGAACAAGAUGGGGAGGGAACCCUUCUGCCUGCUGGCCUCUAAAUAAGAAAUUAUUUAUUAAGAAAGAAGAAGAACUAAACACAAACAGUACUAAAAAGUUGGAUAGUUUCCUGCUGAAAGUAGGGGAAAGACCAUCAGGAUUUUUCAGCUGUGCCACCAACUCAUUUAGAUCAGUCGCUUUCAGUUUUCUAGAGAGGGUAAUGGCUUUACAGGACCAUCCUUGUAAAGCUCCUUGAGAUUCUAAACUUGCAAAGUGCUACUGUCUGGGGCUGAGGCCCUCACCCUCCCCCCAUGAAGUUCAAGUAUCAGGUUUUGCAUAAGGCUAAGAAAUAUAUCCAGGAACUGGAGCAAACCUUGAGUUCUUUGCCGAAGAUGAAAGCAGAGUCCUUCAGCCUGGAGGAUGGGAACCCGUCCAGCCUGGAGGAAGUCAGGGAAGAAUAUAUCAAGAGGUACUUCAGCAAUCAAAGCACUGCGUCGCCCUCAGAAGCUGUGAGUGAGAGCGAUUCUGCUGUGUGGUAUUUGAUGCAAGAAUGUGAAAAACAAACAAUGGAAGAAGACGGAAAGCCAGGAUUAAUCCAGUACCCAGAAACUUCAUCCCCAGAUCUGGUGGAAUUUGAACGGUACCUGUAUUUUUAUAAGAACACAGUAGACCUACUGAGAGAGCAUGGAAUUGUUUCCGCUGAGGAGGUACCUCUUCCUGUGGUCUCCACGGCUAUUUCACACCUCUGGCAAGAGCUUUCUGAAGAAAGGAGAGACAGCAUCUUGCAGUACUGUAGCCAGAGAGAUUUCCACCUGGGUCCUACGAAUGCUUGCCAAGAGUCUGCGUGCACUGGUGGCGAUGUGAGGGACAGUGGAGGUAACAGUGAGGAAGCCAGUGGUUCCUUGGUCUCCACACCAGAGGAAGUAAUGUUUGAAGAUGCGUUUGAUGUUGCUGCUGGUUUCCUUGAAACAAAUGAGACUCAGGGAUUGUCUAGCCAGAGUUCUUCAUUUACAAGUGGCAUUUCUGAAAAUGCAGAGGAUGACCAAAGGCUCUAUCUGCAGAUCACUGAUUUCCUAAAAAGCCUUUUCUUUGCUAAUACGCAGUUCUGCCAGGAAGAAGAUCUUCAGUUCGAUUAUGAGACUGUAAUGCUGAGGUGCACGGAGACCUUUGAUGAUGAAGAUUUAUAGGUAGUAUCCCUGUUUGCCAAUGUUUUGCCAAGCAUCACUGGAUACAGCAGGCAUGUGAAGAGGUUAUGUGUCUUCCAGAGGAACACCUCUCCAAUCAGAAUGGGGAGACACUGUGUUGUGGUUUGUUAUUGUUGACUUCCCUUUCCUCAUCAGUGCUUCAUAACUUAUCAGUUGAGCAGUUUAUACUUUUAAAUGUUCCAGAUUUAAAAUAUUUAUAAAACCUAAAGGAAGAAAUAUUUUUCUCUCUGCCUCUUUAAUGUUUAACCUCAUUUCACAUAUACACUGAAGCACGUGCAGCUUGGUGGCCUUGCCUUAUGUGAGCUGUGGAAGAGAUGCAGAGAGGACAUGGCAACCUACACACUCCAGACUGCUACCUGCAAAGCUCACAGUGUGCCUCCCAGCAUCCUGGCACUGAUUGCUUUCCUCUAUAGCUCUUUAGCCUGGGCUGGAAACAACAGAGGAAUUUCUUCACAUAGAGUCACAUGAGGCUGUUCCAUAUCUAUAAGAACAACUGUAGUGGCCACCCACUCCCAAAUCUCUCAGAGAGAUGCAAGUACGAUCACAAACUGUGGAUUAUUUUUGUUAAGUGUGUAAAGCUGAAAGAGACCAAAGCCCCCCUGUGCCGUUCUGCUGCAUCUUGUUCUUUGAUGAGUAGUACUGCUCAGAUGGUGUCUUGCAAUUAAAAAUGCUGUGAAGUUAGAACA